AUGGGUCCAUCAAAGCCGACUCUCCAUCCUUUGACCACCCCCAAAACUUUGAACUUUCCUUCCGAACUCCGACCACGCACGUACUAUACAUGCCUCGACCCAGACAGACCAGCCAAGGAGAUCAAGAAAGAGGAUGAGGAUGAUGAGAUCACCAUCACUCCUCCACCAGCAUACACAGAGUUCCUCAACACCUUCAGCCCCAUUUUUUCCAGCCCUGCAACCUCCCGUGAGAACUUCUCCAAGUACAUGCUUGACAAGCCUCGUCCUUCACCUACUUCAGCGCCCACCAGCUCUACUUCCCCCUCCUUCCCCAAAGGAAAUACAAGGAUUCCGCCGCCAUAUUCUACCUCGCGUUCUGUCGUACCGAUGCCUUCCAAGAGCCCGGAUCACACUCGACGUUUGCCUCUUCCCCCACCUUAUGUGUGCACGUCCGUGACCGACUCCCCGCGCAGUGCCCAUCCUCUUCGAUCCCCCUUUACCCCAUCUGAUUACAGACUGCGGGCAUUCGACUCCCCAGUCAGUGAAAAUGGGGCAUCUUUUAGUGUACGGCAUGUGGUUACAACGACCAUUACCCUCAAGCGGGCCCCCCAGCUCGAGCCCCCACCGCAGGGAAAACGGAGAAACAUCGCACGUCGGAGCACAUAG